UACAAAUAAACAAAGGGAAAUCAGUUUUCUUUAAUAUAUGCAUAUAAUAAGUAUAUAAGAAAUAAUUAUAUAAUUAACUAGGAAAAAGUAAAUAAUAUAGAAAAAGACGUAUCGAGUAGUAGUAGUGAGAAAGUCUUAGAUUUCAACUAUAAAAACAAACAGCCCAUGAGAGACUACACAACGAAACCAAAUAAAAAUAUAGCCAUACUAAAUCCAUACUUUCUUCAAAAACUCUCCGGCGAAGGAAAAAUUCGCAAGAAUGGUUUCGGUCACAUCAUCAGAAGCCUCAAGGAGCCGAUCGAAGAAGGUGUGCGUGAUCGGAGCUGGACCGUCGGGGCUAGUCUCGGCGAGGGAGCUAAGAAAAGAAGGACACAAAGUGGUGGUAAUGGAGCAAAACGACGACGUAGGAGGGCAGUGGCUGUAUCAACCAAACGUCGAAGAAGAAGAUCCUUUAGGAAGAAGCAGUGUUUCCAUUAACGGUGCACUUAAGGUCCACAGCAGCAUUUACUCAUCCUUGAGGCUAACCUCGCCGAGGGAGAUAAUGGGUUAUUCGGAUUUUCCGUUUUUGGCAAAGAAAGGGAGAGAUAUGAGGAGGUUUCCAGGGCAUAAGGAGCUCUGGUUGUAUCUAAAGGAUUUUAGUGAAGCUUUUGGGUUAAGAGAGAUGAUUAGGUUUAAUGUUAGGGUUGAGUUUGUAGGGGAAGAAGCAAAGGAAGAAGAAAAUGUGAGGAGAUGGAUUGUAAGGAGUAGAGAUAAAUUGAGUGGUAAGGUUAUACAAGAGAUCUUUGAUGCUGUUGUUGUUGCUACUGGUCAUUACUCUCACCCUAGAUUGCCCACUAUUAGAGGAAUGGAUUCUUGGAAGAGGAAGCAAAUUCAUAGCCAUGUUUACCGGGUGCCUGAUCCAUUUCGUAAUGAGGUGAUUGAAUCUCUAUAUCUUUAAAUUUUGGUGGUGAUUAUAUGAUGGUGGUGAUUAUGAUGAUGGUGGUGAUUAUGAUGAUGGUGAUAGGUAGUGGUGGUGGUCGGAAACUCAAUGAGUGGACAAGACAUAUCAAUGGAGCUUGUGGAAGUGGCAAAGGAAGUUCAUUUAAGUUCCAAGUCACUUGAUAUAACUUGUGGCCUUUCCAAAGUCAUUUCCAAGCACCCAAACCUCCUUCUUCACCCACAAAUUGAAUCUUUAGAGGAUGAUGGGAGAGUCAUUUUUGUGGAUGGAUCUUGGGUUGUCGCUGAUACAAUCUUGUAUUGCACCGGGUACUCGUACAAGUUUCCAUUUCUUGAGAGUAAAGGAAGAAUAAAAGUUGAUGAUGAUAGAGUGGGCCCACUCUUCGAACAUACUUUCCCUCCUUCUCUGUCCCCUUCUCUCUCCUUUGUCGGUAUCCCCAGAAAGUUAAUAGGAUUCCCAUUCUUUGAAGCACAAGCAAAAUGGAUAGCUCAAGUCUUGUCCGGGAAGUCAUCUCUUCCUUCUUCCGACCAAAUGUUGCAAUCAGUCGCCGACUUUUACCGGUCAAGGGAUCUCGCCGGAGUCCCUAAACACAACACUCACGACAUUGCUGAUUUUACGUAUUGCGACAAGUACGCGGAUUAUGUUGGGUUUCCGCAUUUGGAAGAAUGGAGAAAGCUACUCUGUUUGUCCGCUCUCAACAAUUCUCAGGAAAAUCUUGAGACCUACCGCGAUUCUUGGGAUGAUCAUGAACUCCUACAAGAAGCUCUUCAAAGCUCACAUUUCACAAAUCUCAAUUGUUGAGUCUCUUUUGAUGCUACGUUUUUUUUAUCUUCUGUUAAAUUCUUUUGUUGUUAUGUUUGAUUCUUUCUUUCCUUCCUUCUUUUUAUCUAUAGUUUGCUCUGUUUAUGCUUUUGGUUGAUAUGUAUAACCAUACAUUUAUACAUUUGCUUCCUUCAAUAUAGUGUAGUAUCAUAUCCAAAAUCAGUGGAGAUCUUUGUUAGAAAAACACUAUGGUCAUCAUGGCAAUGUAGAAUACUGGUAGUUCAUGAGAAAAAGCUUGAGUCUUCUAGAAUCUUUGAUCUAACUUGUGAUAAAAGUUUUGAACUUUGAGUUAGAUUUGCUCAUCCAUAUAUAAACUCCUUCAGUACCAUCUCUAGUGUUCAUUAUCGAGUCAUAAAUAGCUAGCUAGUUCGACCCAAAAAACUACUUGUAGUCUUGAUUCUCCUUAGAAGUCUUGAUCUCCGUAACAAGACUUGUUGCCAAAAAAGCAUCUUCAGUAAGAUUCUUGAUUAUCCAAGAACAUGAAGCAAGGCAAGUAUUGUAGUUACCUCUUUCGCUUAGCUAAACUACAUGGUCGAUGAUCAUAUGCUGAAAAGCAGCAGCAGGAGUUCUGGAGCCUCGUCUUCGCUUUGUUAUGGCUCCCCAAUCGGAAAUGAAAGCCUCUAUCGGUUUACGAGGAGAGGAGCUUCUGCUCUUGUUCUUGGGGAACCCGAAACCCCAUUUUGAUUCAGAAACUUCAACUAACUUUUCUGUUACUUCAUCGGCUUCACAUUCUGAAAACGUGCCUAAGCUCUGAUUAUUAUUAUCUUUGCAUUUCCGCUUGGUCCGGCUCCUUCUCUGCUUUCUAAGGACAAUGCUGGAGACUGCUGUUUUGUUGUCUGCAGAUUUCGUUCUCAGAACUUUCCUGUGGUCCUCAGGCUUCACCUCCGUCAGUUGCAGUGUCAUGGCCUCAGAACAUUCUAAUUCCUGGUCCUCAACAACCGAAGAAGAAAUCUCGGCUAACCAGAGUAGGUUUCUGCCUAAGGAAGCAGCGAUACAAUCAGAGGUUUCUCGAUCGAACUUUCUAGACAUAUCAACUAUAGCCUCAGCUGCAGAUAUUUCUUGAUAAUUUCCCUCUGUAACAAGAGAUAUCUUUCUGCUCUUCUUCCGUUUCUUUUUCGCAACUACUUUGUGACCAUUACUGGAUUUCACUUGUGGUUUACAACGCCUUUUCUUUCCUGGACCUGUCCGGUUUCUCGCAGGCUUCACCUUAGACAAAGAACUUGAACUUCCUUUUCGCAUAGUCGCUUGAUCGCUCUGAGAUUCUGAGGUGGCUUCAGCAGUCGAGCGCAGGUCAAGAUCUGAGCCUUUGAAAGCUUUGUUGAUUGGACCAUGUUUUACCUUCUUUCUUGGCCUUGAGCUCUUCAAAAGCAAAAUGCUAUUCAAACAUGGUAGAGCUUGAACUACCACUCGCGACUGCUCUGUUACGAGUUUUCCGUGCAAAGAAACCGAUACGCACUCUUGAGGUUUCUCCGUUUCAAACUUCUCAACAGUAUCUACUUCCUCUUCAAAUGAUAAGGGAGACAUAUUCAAGUCAAUUCCAUGCCCUCCUCGACAUUUUACAGACGACUGUUGGCCUUGCGCUUCAUUCAUCCAGUCGGAACCUUUUACUGAAUCUUCUACCUCGUUCUUUUUUUCUCCAGUUUCAUUUGAUGUAACUGGUGGACUCAGGAACUGAUUGAACACAUAACCAGAAUCUUCCUCGAUCUUGGCAGGUUCAUUCAAAUCAAAUUGCAGCUUACUCAACUGGUUACCCGAUUCCACAGAUUGCUCUUUCAGAAAGGUUGCAACUUUAUGGACUUCACCAUUCAUCAGACCUCUCUCUACCUCUCUAUCACUACACUCAAAAACCGGUAGUUCCAGAUCCACGACCACCUUUUCAGACUUCUCAACAUUAUCUGCAGCUUCAAUUCGAUUAAGAAUGUUAUCUUCAUAAACAAAACUCCUCGUUUGAUAUGUGGAGACGCUCGGAUUCAUCCAGUGUGUUCCAAGGCUAGGGAAAGUAGAAUUCAGGUACAAGGCCUCGUGACGUCGAGUUCGUUCCAUUUCCAACAUCAGUUCCUUCUGCCUCCAAUACAGACGAUGAAGCUCAUGAAUCUGAAAAAGAAUCAAACUCUUCAAAGACAGAUUCAUGUACAAGCAUGGUGUGCUUCAAUGUCUCCUUCAACUCUCUAAGAUAAAGAUCAUGAUAUAGUAAAGAAAAUGUAUCAUCAACGUCCACGUUCACGCCGUAUCUAUUGGUUAAGACCGUAUCAAUGUCCUGAACAGAAAACGAACUCCGGCCAGUUCUCGCAUCCGUAGUAAUGUCACGGUUUGAGUAAUUGCAGGUCAUGAGAGAGCUGUUGUACUGCAUUUUUCACUUCACUCCACACCCUUAGCAGGAUUUCUG